AAAUUCUUGUAUCUAACAGCUCAAAAAAAACAAACACAGCAAAGCAGUCCACUCGCAUGGAAUAUUACUUAAAACAAGAACAUUUUUUUAAAUGAAAACUUUUAAAAAUAUCAACUAAAGCGAACCUACAUAGUUAGAAAUAUCGUUUGCUAAGCUGCAUUACUUACAACUUUUUCUACGCGAUUUUUAGCAGUUGGUAAUUUUGACCUCCUUAAUAAAAACAUUUUUGAGGAAACAAUUAUGGAGCGAUGAAGAUUAAGCAAAAAAUUCUCGGAAGUUCGUUUUUUGCACACGAAAAAUCAGAGAACAAUUCCUCUCGGUCUACUAAACCGGAUCCCAGAUUCUACUACAACUACAAGCCAAGUGUUAGCCCUCGCAAAUCAUUCGCACCUCAUUUGGUUAACUUCGGAAGCAACCAACCACCGAGUCCACCUGUAGAAUAUCCCUUGGAUCCACCAGCUAUAGAGAAAAAUCGAAAACAUGACUCAUUAAGCGAAGCAGUGCGAAGCCUUCCGACGUUUAGUCAAAACGAUUUGAACAAGAGUCUUAACUCCCUAAGUUAUCCAACUCCAACUUUGCAAGAUCAGAAACCAUUAAGUAAAUAUGAGCGCAACGCAAUCGUUUUCAAAAACGCCAACCUGAAAACCAGCGACAAAACCCGAAACAGUUUGUCCCAUACAUUUCAACCUGAUGGGCGAACCGGAACUUCAUCUACUCGUUCCAGCAAUACCUCCUACACCAAAAUACCUUCGCCAUCGUUACAUCACUAUAACCACAAUCCAGUAAACCACACAGGAACUAGAUCGUCUGACUCUCAGAACCAAGAAGACUAUCCUCCAAAUAUUAGUGUGCUACUAAGUGAGACUAAAAACAUCAAUUCGAUUGCACAACAGAAGAUGCUACUUAAACAUUAUACUCUUACCACACUGCAUGGUAAGAGCAGCUCCACGCAGACGGCGACUGAUAAUGAAUCCAAUUCUGUACUCGAUGGACCAAUUUACUCAGUUGCUGGCGCUAGUUCUGGGUUCCAAUAUUCCAGGGAUAAAAUUGAUGUUCCAGAAACAAUCCCCGAAAGACCAGAAAACAAAGAUGCGGGCCAAAAUUACAGCAGAGGUAAUAAUACUGAUCAGGUUGGAACCGAUAGUGAAAAGACGGAAAGUGGUUCGAAGACUCGUUCCAAACAGGACACCGCCGUGCAAAAUGGAGAAGUUGAUACAGACAGCGCGAAGAAACACGUGAACAACAUUUCCAUUCAGACUGACCAAGACUAUGAACAAACAAACACAAACAAUGAGCGACAAAACUACAUGACAGAAGAAGACACAGACUAUGGUGCUGAUAACGUAACGACAAUAGAGGUAUCUCGAUUGGAGGGACCGACUUAUCUGGUGGACGAGAAAGAUCAUCAGCCCCCUUCGGACAGAGCACCCAAGAAGAUCAAACUCAUCAAACGCAUGUCUACUUUCAGCAGCGAAGAUCUGACAGAUCUGCACGUGUACAUCGUGCCACCGGAGUACUGGGACGACACUCACAAUUGCGCCUUCAACACAGUCAUGAACUUCACUACUUCAGUCGGCUUUAUCAGGGUCUACCCCGAAACGAGACUGCUGGAUCUUCGUGCAGUUUUGAUAGACCAAGUGACCCAGUCGGGAGGCAUCCUACCCCAGCAGUUCGUGUUCCUUAAGAGUGUUGGCCGUGCACUCACCCUAGUCAAAGACCAACAGGAGGGCCAGCUCAAAGUCAAAAACUUCCUUCCCCCUUUUGCCUACGCUCCUGAGCUUUUCUUGAUGACGCGUGAGAGACUCAUGGCUCCAGGUAGAAGAAACAAAAACCCGCGCAACAUUCCUCCCUUAGCUCAGAUUCCGCAACACAAGUACGUUCCCAUGCACCACUCCCAACAGGCGGCAGCAGCCAUGCAUCACAAUCAGGUGGGAUACAUGCCUCAAGGACAACCACACUAUCCCCCUCCUAGUCACCAGUCUCAGUAUCGUGGUGGGGGAGGGGCAACGGGCAGGGGAUAUCAGAUGGACCAGUUUUAUGGGGUGCCUCAACAGUCCAUGAAUCCAAUGAUGGGCGGUGAUUACAACAGCCACUACCACCAAGGGCCCGAUCAAAGUAACCUUAGAGGUCGACACUUUGCAGGAACACCCUCAAUGGGUAACCAAUACGGUCGACAACCAACAAUGGGCUACCCGACAAACAGAACCGGAUACAGAAUGCAAAGUCAAAAUGUGCAAGACAAUCGUGUGUUCCCUCCUCAAAGCGAGUUUUUCCCGGGCUAUGGUGGAUAUCAGCCAGCAAAAAGAGUUGGAUACCCUAUGGACUAUGGACCGCCUAUGAGUGCUAGUCCUCCCGAAACAGCUAUGGGUCCGCAAGGUGCACUUUAUGUAGACCCGGUUCCUUUGUCAAUGCCACCAGGACAAGAGAACCAUAAUGGUCAUAUAGUACAUGGUAUGGACACAGCAGGGGGCAUGGAAGAUGGCUCUGAGUUUCAGAAUGAAGAGGAAGACCGUCCAACUACAGCUAGUUCACAAUCAUCAGCUGGGAAGAAAGCAAAAUCCACUUCUCGUUCGCAACACAAAAAGAACGAGGAACAAAUCGCACAAAUGAAAGAGCUAAGGAAACAGGAGGCGUCUUUGGAGGAGCGUGAGAAGCAGUUGGCCAAGCAGGAAAGGGAGCUAGAGAGAAAGAAAGAAGAGAAGGAGAGGAAGUUAGAGGAGAAGAGACGCAAAGUGGAGAUGGAGCAGGAACAAGCACUUAGAGAUCUGGAGAAACGACUGGCCGAACAACAACGGAAGUUAGAGGACAGCAAAUAUCAAAUGGAAAGAGAGUUGCAGGAGCAGAAAGAUCGACAGGAGAAAGCGAUGAACGACAUGACAAGGAACAUUGAAAGAAUGAAACACGAAGCUGAAAUGGAGCAGCAGCAGGAGGUGUUCAAACAGCAGAAGGAGAUGGAUGACUUGCUGAGGGAGAAAGAGAAAGCAUUCAAUGCCAAAAGACAGCAGAUGGAGAAGGAAAUAAGGGAGCAAGAAGCGCAGCUACGGCAGAAAUUGAGUGAAGAGGAAAGGAAGCUGGCUGACAAGGAGCGAGACAUAGAGAGAGCCAAGAUGGAGUUGGAAAAACAACAACUGGAAAAAGAGAAGGACUCCAUGCAGAAGCAAAACUUCAUCCAAAAAGCAAAAAUGGAGAUGAAGAGAGAAAAAGCGCGACUUGCCAAGGAGGAAAAAGAGCAACUUAAGACGGAGAGAGAAAAUGCCAUCAGUCGACAAGGACAAAUGAACGCAGAAGGUGACACCUCUAGACCGGGAAGUAGUCCCCCAAAAAUGAAGUUUCCGAGGGCUAAGACGCCCGAUCUAUUAGAAGAAUUCCAGAAGAAACUCCAGGAACUGGCAAGGAUAAAAGAGGAGCGUAAAGAGAUAGAGUUGGUACAGGAGGACCUCGUCAGGAAAGCACUCAGUGUCCAGGUCAAGGCCACUCAGAAGAGGGCUCAAGCACGUGACAACUGGAAGAAGCAGUACUUUGAAGAGAAGCGCAAGACAGCACCCCUGGAGGAACACGCUACUAAGUUGAGACGGGAGGUUGACAACCUGAACAGACGUGUGAUCACGCGGUUGGAAAAGGAAGCAGAUGCACAGCAGGACCACAAUCAACAGCUAUCAUCGCAGCACAAGAUAGUGUUCAUGAAGUUACAGUUUGAGUUGGAGGAUACUAAACAGAGGAUAGAAGAGAUGCAACUCAAGCUACUCGGAGAAGUCAAGAGGCGACUUCAAUGUUCACGAGAGACUCGUUGUCUCCACAGAGAGUUAAAACAGACUAGAGUAACUGCUAACUUAAUGCCACCUAACUCUCUGUCGACGCCUAAUGACAAUGAGGCUAAUACCAAUUAGAGCUUAUUUCACAGGAUGAGACGCUGGACUGAAUGGGAAAGCAGCAUAAUCCGAAACCAACUGCAGCUACAGAAAAACGGAGCGAAAUAAUUUUAAAGCAGAGUCUUCUGUUACCAGAAAAACACUAUGCUGAAGCUUUAAGUUUAGCCUUCUUAGCCUACAUUGUUUUGAAAAUUUACUUUUCCAAAUUACAAA